AUGGCAGAAACUAGAGCCGCCCGCGCUCGCCUACGCCGCACCUUCCGCUACCCCGACGACGACGACGACCUCCAUCGCCAACCCGAAGCAAUGGACGAACAAGAGCAAGAAGCUCUCAUCGACCGACUGAGCGCCCAAAACGCCCUCCAAAACACCCACUUCAGCCGCAUCCUCCUCCUCGUCGCCAUCCUCGCCACCCUGCCGUACCUUCCUCUCCUCGCAAACUCCCGGCACGCCGUCCUGGCCAUCUUGUCCAUCACGUCGCUGCUAUCGACCGCCUACCUGCUCCACAAGCUGCCUUCCGCCGAGACGGGAAUAGCCCCCUUGGACGCUUGGACGCGCAGCCAGGAUGCCCUCGCUGCCUCUUCGGACAUGGCGCGGCAGAUUCGGCGGCUCCGGGGGGGCCUGCGAUGCGAAAAGUCCCCGUUGGAGCUGUACUUGCCCUACUUGAAUGCCGUGCUGGUCCUGAUGCUGGUCCUGAUGGGGCUGGUUAUCGGGAAUGGAGGUGGUAGCUUCGCGUGGGUCGGGGAGGGCAACUUGCCGGCCAUUGUGUACGCCGUCGUGUUGCUGGCCAAAUUUGUCAUGGCCGAAGUUGAUCCAGAGAGGGAGCUGGCUGGGCUCACGUACGAAUACAGGGGUGCAUAG